UUGGAGUAAAGGCUUGCAUGCAUUUCUGGUCCCUAGGGUUUUUUGAGAUUUAAUACCUCUAUGGUCCCUUGGUUUAUUUUCUUAUCCAGAAAUAGCUGUGGUAUUGUCCCUAAUACGUAGCUUUUACAGCAGAGGGGCAGUGACCAGAAUAGCUAUCCUGCUGGGAUUGGUGGUAAUAGCUUGUAAGAAGUUUAUAAACAUGUUGGGGUCUGCUCCAGUUGUGAAUGGUUCAUGGUUAUGGUUAUGCAUCCAGUUUGUUAGAAGAGGAGCAGGGGAUGAGGCUUUUCAGCCUUUGCUUUCCUUCUUCUCCUCUGAAUCUGUUACAUCACUAUUGGAGAAUGUUCAGUUUCCCCUGAAUGUUAAAGAGACCAUCUUUCUGGUAUUCAAUCUGGUAAGCUUCUUCUACACAGUCUGCUGCAUCUCUAGAAUGAGGGCUGAGAUUUCUAGACAGGCUGAUGAGACCCCUGACUCAGGAGUAGACCCAGGUGUGGAAAAUCCUAAGUGGUGUGGGAAAUGGGAGAAUAUGGGCCAAAUCCUGAAGGAAUUUUCUGACCCUAUAGUCUGGGAUUUUCUCCAUGAACAAAUUCAGAACCCAGCUGAGGUGGGGAAAUACCUGAAAGAGAAGUACCAGGAUGACCCUAAGGAGAAAAAGAUCAUUGCAGUGAGCUGGGCCUUGGCAUAUGCUUAUCGCACAUUUCUAGAUACUGUCGGGCAGCAGACAGAGGCAGGGGGGCAGGGAGAUAAAUCAGCAGCUAUCCCAGUCACUCAGGCUGCAGCCAACAUCCCAGGCUCAAAGCCAGCAGCCGAGCUAGAUAGCGAGCCUAAGCCAGCAGCUAAACCAGUGGUUGUUGCUACUAGCUCUAGAAGUGGAAAAUGCACAGACAAGACUAAUCGAACAGUGGAUGAUGAUGAUGAUGCAGGAGAAGGAUCCUCAGCGCCUCCUGAUGUAAAAUCAGAAGUCAAAGAAGCAGGUGCAAGAUCAGAAGCCAAUAUGGAGACCUUUUCCCUGAAGGACCUCCGUGGCCUAAGGAAGGAUUACACCCGGCGACCUGAUGAAUCCAUAAUUAGUUGGUUAGUCCGUCUCUGGGAUGCUGCAGGUGAGGACACAAUUCUGGAUGGCACUGAAGAGAGGCAUUUGGGAUCCCUGUCACAUGAUCCUGUCAUCGACCAAGGAAUGAUGAGGGGGGUUAAUCCUCACAGCUUCUGGGCACGGGUCUUGGAUAGUGUUGCACAAAGAUACCUGUGUGCAGAUGGUCUUUAUAUGCAGCAAACCCAGGGGAAGACCAUAGAGCAAGGGAUCCAACGCUUGAGAGAAAUGGCAGUGGCAGAGAUUGUCUUCUCAGGUGACGUAACAACUAGGAACCCAGACUUGGUACCAUGCACGUCUGUGAUGUGGCGGAAACUUGUACCACUCAGGCCACAUGAAUAUGCUUCUGCCUUAGCCAUAAUGAAGCGGGAUGAGAGGGAUGAGACCAUGCUGGAUAUGGCAAAGAAGCUCCGAGCAUAUGCAGACGCUGUGCAUGGCCCAACACAUGCCAGAUUUGCAGCAGUGGAAACACGUCUGCAGAAGUUAGAGGACAAGAUAGAGGAGAAUCACAAGAAGCUCAGAGAGGAGAUUAAGGAAGACCUUCUCCAAAUCUCAGCAGUACAGAUCAGAGGUCCUAGUGCCCAAUACAGACGUUCCCCAGAUGGAGAGAGAAGGUACACCCCACGAGCUGAGCUGUGGUUCUUCCUGCAUGAUAGUGGAGAGAACAUGAGGAGAUGGGAUGGGAAAUCUACUGCUGCUCUGGCACGACGGGUGUGUGAAUUGAAGGAAGACAGGACUCAGAGAGGGAGUUCCACCAAAAGGAAACCAGCUCCAGUUGCCCAUAGCCGAACUGCCAGAUAUGAUGAUGAUGACGACAUGUCUGACCCCCUUGAAGGAACAUCCAAGACAUAUGCCCAAUGAAAGAAGGAUGACCAGGCUUAGAAGGGCCCUGCCUCUAGCCAGGUAGAGGCUAGGGAAAAUCGUGUUUUGUGGUCUGUGUGGAUUCGUUGGCCUAGCACAUCGGAACCACAGGAGUAUAAAGCUUUGGUUGACACUGGUGCUCAAUGUACAUUAAUCCCUUCGAGACAUGUGGGGACAGAGUCUGUUUCUAUUGCUGGUGUGACAGGGGGAUCCCAGGAUUUCACUUUGGUGGAAGCGGAUGUAAGCCUGACGGGAAAUGAGUGGAAGAAACACCCUAUUGUGACUGGCCCAGAUGCCCCAUGUAUUUUGGGCAUAGAUUACCUUUGAAGUGGGUAUUUCAAGGACCCAAAAGGACUCAGGUGGGCAUUUGGGAGACCCGCUGUAGUGACAGAGGGCAUCCAGCAAUUGAGCACCUUGCCUGGACUGUCUGAGAAUCCAUCUGCAGUAGGACUUCUGAAGGUGGAAGAGCAACAGGUGCCAAUUGCCACUUCCACAGUGCAUCGACGGCAGUAUAGAACCACUCAAGAUGCUGUGUUCCCCAUCCAUAAGAUGAUCCAAGAGCUGGAGAGCAAAGGUGUUUUGCGGAGAAAAUCAAAAACUCUACAACUUUGUAAAAGUUGUAAAGCCGGUAUAUUUAUUGCAGCGCUGGACGCAUGCCGGGAUUACUCCCCGUAAAAGGCAUGCGUGCUUCUGGGAUCUUCAGGUCUCUUUUUAUCUUUCUCUCCAAAUACAUAUGCAUACAAUUUCACAAUAGGUUCAUACAUAUUCAUUUUACAGACUUUGCGUGACAAUUAGCGCUAGUUCUUUUGUUAUCAGAAAGAAUUCCUAGGUCAAGUUGACUUGUCUCCCCCCCCUUAUCUCUGUCUUUCACUGAAGCAAUUUCUCUGAGCUCAGACUAAACAGCUAAGAUUCCAAGGCUUAACUAAAAGAUGUACAUUUAACUUAAAUCAUAAUGGAUUUCCACUCUGGAACCUGGAAAAUUUCAACUCUGUCUCAUUCCCCCCUUUCCUAGAAAAUAAGUAAAUUCUUUUACUUAAUGCAGACUCUUAUGACAAUAGGUGUCUCUCAAUGCUUUGUCAUGUACAUUUGAUAGGGAUGUUAACAUAGCUACUCAUUGUAGUAUUCUCUAAUUCUAAAUUAGCAAGAUCAGUUAUAAAUAUAUACAAAACAAUUUUGCAAGCGAAAGUAUGAACUACUUUCGACUGCAAUAUACUCAUUUUUGCUCAUGUAAGCUUUAGUCUCAGUUCAUUGUCCCUUGAUGUCACUCUCUAAGGGGGUUUCUGGGGCCUUCUUCACUCGAGAGUGAUGGAUCUAGGCAUUCUGGUCUUUGAUCUUGAUUGCGGUGAAGGUGGUGAGAAGCACCUGGAACGGUCUCUCUCACUGUGGUUCUAAAGUUUUCUCUGUAAGAGAUUUAACAUAUACAUAAUCUCUAGGCUGUAUGUUAUGUACUGGCUCAUCUAGCUCUCUGCUCCGUGCUCCAGCCACAUGUUUUUCAAUUUCUCUGAGCUGUUUCAUUUUGGAAAUGAAAUGUGAUCUUCUAUCUGAGGAUAUUGUGGCUGGAACUCUGAAGCGUGGUAUUAUUUUUUGUAGUAACACUUUGGUCGCCUCUUGAGCUUUGACAGUUCUGGUGGGGAAUGCUUCUGGCUACUCUGAAAAUCUAUCUGUUAAUACUAAUAAAUACUGAUACCCCCCUUUCCUUGGGAGUUCUGAAAAGUCAAUUUGCCACUGCUGUCCAGGCCUAUGGCUUCUCUUAAUCUGACCAAGUUUCGGCUUGGGAGCAUUUUUGGGGUUAGUCUGGAGGCAAAGAUCACACUGUCGGGUCACUUGAGUAAUAGUGGCAUAUAAAUUCUUAGCAACUAUUCUUUUAAUCAAGUAGGUGUAUAGGGCAUUUAUUCUCCAUUGUGCUUUCUGGUGCUCUUCUUUUACUAGUGACUACAAUAAAUGGGAAGGGAUUACCAGCUUCUUUUCAAUGGUAGCCCACUCUUCUUGGUUAUACAUCCUUUUUUGAUUUUCAAUUAAUUUUCUAUUUUUCUUAUUAUAUUCUGGCUUACUUUCAAGGGAAAUUUGACUAUCUGGAAUUAGGGCUCUUUCAAUAGUUACUUCACUUUUUGCUGCUUCUUUUGCCUCUCUAUCUGCCAGCUCAUUUUUUUCUUCUAAUUAUGAGCUCACUCUUUGGUGUGCCUUGAUAUGCAUAAUUGCUACUUUUUCAGGCAGCUGAACUGCUUCUAACAGCUGGAUUAUCUCUUGUGCAUGUUUGAUGUUCUUUCUUUGUGAGGUCAGAAGUCUCCUCUCUUUCUAGAUGGUUCUAUGUGCAUGCACGACUCUGAAUGCAUACUUCGAGUCUGUGUAGAUGUUUACUUCUUUCUUUUUGCUAUUUCUAAGGCACGGGUCAGGGCAAUUAUCUUGGCUUUCUGCGCAGAGGUGCCUGUUGGUAAGGGUCCGGAUUCUAUUACUUCUUUGUAGGUGGUCACUGCAUACUCAGCAUGUCGCUUUCUAUUGGCAAUGUAGCUACUCUUGUCAGUGAACCAUGUCUCUGCAUCGUCUAAAGGAGUGUCCUUUAAGUCUGGGCAGCUGGAGUAAGUAGCUUCAAUGGUCUCUAGGCAAUCGUGGUGCACCGCUUUUCUUUGAUUUCUACUGAGAAAGGAAGCUGGGUUGACAAUAUUAGUCACCACUAUUUCUACAUCAUCUUGCUCUACCAUGAUGGCUUGGUAUUUCAGGAACUUCUGUGGUGAAAGCUAAUGGCCACUCUUUACUUCUAGUACUGUGGACACUGUAUGGGAUACUAGCACAGUCAUUCUUUGUCUCAGGGUAAACUUGCAUGCUUCUUGAAUAUUCAGCACGACUACUGCUACAGCUCUGAGGCAACUUGGCCAUCUUUUGGCUGUUGCAUCUAGUUGCUUGGAGAAGUAAGCAGCUGCCCUCUGGUAUGGACUUAAGUCUUGGGCCAGUAUUCUCAAGGCAAUUUUCUGUUUUUCAUGGGAAAAUAGAAAGAAUGGUUUACUUACAUCUGGAAGUCUCAGGGCUGGAGCUGACAUGAGGGCACUCUUUAGCUGGUGAAAGGCCUGUGUGGCUUUUUUCGUCCACUGGAGGUCUCUGUUUCUAUUGGCAAUAAGAGCAUAGAGGGGUUUGACGAGCAGUCUAUAAUUAUAAACUCACAGCCGGCACUACUCUGCCAUGCCCAAGAAGGUUCGGAGUUCUUUUAUUGUCUGGGGUUUUGGGGUUUGGCAUAUGGCUUCUUUGCGAGUUUGCCUUAGAGUUCGUUGCUCAGCACUCAUCUCAUACUCCAGGUAGAUUACUUUCGGUUUCACUACUUGUGCUUUUUUCUUUGAUACUCUGUAUCUUUGGAGUCUUAGGAGAUUCAAAGGGCUUACUGUCUAGGCCACAUAUGCUUCUUUCAUCUGAGUGGCUACUAGAGGGUCAUCUACGUACUGCAACAGCUUUCUUUUUCCUUGUGGAGCUUUCUAGGACUCUAGAUCUUUUGCAAGUUGCUCCUAAACCGAAUGGGGGAAUUUCGAAGCCUUGAGGCACAUGGACUAUGUGAGCUGGGUUUUGCACUGCUUUCAGGGCUUUCUCAUUUGAAUGCAAAAAUUUUCUGGCUGGUUUUGUGGAUAGGGAGGCAAAAGAAGGCAUCUUUCAGAUUUAAAACAGUAAAUCAGGUUAGCUCAGGUGUUAAACAAGUUAGUAAAGUAUAUAGAUUUACUACUACAGGGUAUAAAUUAUUUGUUAUCUUAUUGACAGCCCUCAAUCCAGUGCUAUUGGUUUUUGGGCUGAUUUCUUCCUUAUCUUCUUUUCAGGGGGUACUGCUUAAUUCUCACUGGUUGUGUUCUUUUCUUAUGCUUUUUUACUAUGGGGGGGGGGGUGUAUUCUUCACCCUCUCUGGUACAGCAGAAGCUUAUACUUCUGAAAAUACUUGUUCUAAUAUCUCUUUACUAAUUUCUUUCUUAAUUUCAAUGGCUGUUAAUGUUAAGCUUAACAUCUUUAUAUCAUUUGCUUCUGGAGUAACCCCCCCCCAUUUGGGAAUGUUUAGAGAAUUGGGCAUAUGCAAAAGCUUCUAAGUACACAUGUUACUUCAAAGAUUUGCAAAAGUAUCCCUUCCCAGACUGGUCAGUUGUUCUCCACAUUAUAACAUAAUGGUUCUCCACAGGUACUAAAGCUUUAUUUAAAACUGAAUAUAUGGCUCCUGUAUCAACUAAAAUUCCACUCUUUUCUUUUUUUCUGGUCUCACUGCCUCUCGAAGAGGGGUUUGUUACUUCCUAGUUCUGGAUGAACUGCCAGGAGGGGGAUGGGUGCGAAUGGGUAUACCUUUGGAGCCUGAGCCCUCUUCCCUUUUGGGGAAGUCUUCUUUAUCUUCUAUUACUUUAGGAGGAGUCUUUAAUAAAUUAUAUGUACUUAUUUUGCAAGUUGUAAUCGGUUUGCAUUUCACUAUGAUAAACUGUCUCUGACUUCAUACAUUGCUAUCUUAUGCUGCAUGCUGAACAACACGUUUGAUUUGCUUUCUCUUUGCUUUGUUUGCUUUUUCAAGGGCUAACACCAGUAGGUCAGAGGGAGCUCUGAACUUACAGUUACUCUGCCAUUUUGGGUGAAUUCUUAAAAUAAAACUACAUUAACAUAUGGGACUUUAUUUCAUUUCAUUUUUUAUUUUAAAACAGCAUUAACUAAAAUAAGGUAUUAUAAAUCUUUUUUUUCUGAGCUGCCCCUACUGGCAGCUUUCUCUCAGUGAGCCCCUCCCAAAGGGGUUAGUUCAGGAACUUCUUUGCUCUGGUUAGUUCUCAUUUUUUCUUUCUCUUUAUACUAUCUUGUUUCUACCCAAGCUUCACAGUGUCUUCUUUUCUCAGUUUUUUCUACACACAGAUUUUCAGGUGGCAGGCAUUAGAUGUGAUCUUCUACACAUAAGCUUUACAAUCUCAAUUUCUGAAUUGGCUUGAUCAGGAACUUUAAAUUUAUACUUAAGGCACAGAAACUCUGCACACAACGUGCUAGCUUCUCAAUGCACUAAAAGCUCUGAGGAAUUGCUUGCAGGCUAUUUUGUUUAUCACUUCGGCGUUAAUCACUUAACCUCUACAGGCGGGCUGUUUUCAGUUCAAACUGACUAUAUUACUAACUGAAGUCUUGUAAACUCAUUAAUUUCUUCUAUCUAAACUCUGUUUUAGAAAAUUUCAGUCUUUUCUAGUUCUCUUCUCGCACAAUCUAAUUCAAGCAUUUUUACUGACACUCACUUUACUGCCUUGCAAUAGGCUGUGCUUGUUACAGCAAAAACUUUGAUAUGCCCACAAACACAGACACACACUGCUCCCCCCCUUAUCUCAAAUUCACAAGUCAGGGCUGGAAUUGCUGUGUGGGGGGUAUUCUUGGAAUUCCUUUAGUUCGUUUUACCACAGUUAAACAUAAAUCAUUAUACUCUAGUUCUUCUGUGUAAAAUGCUACAUUUGUUGCAAACAAAAUCUUAAAAUCUCUACAAACACCACUAUACAAUUCGAGCAUCAAAUUACCGCAAUGUGGGAGAAGAACUACACAAAUUCACCGGGAAAGGACAUAUCUCUCAAAGUGCCCACUUUUCUCAACACAACACAGAAUACAAUACACUUCAGCAUUUACUCACACGAGCUUCCUCUGGUCUUCACACACUCUGGACACAAUCAAAAUAACAGCACACAGCAAAAUUUGAGAGAUAAAGUCUUACUGCUAGGGCAGAGGAACUCUCUGAGCUCAUACUCACGGUUAAAAUGUGCCCAAUCUACACAAAUUACUACUUUUAAACCCAGUACACAUUUUGAUUAACGUUUCUCUACUUGUUCUACUUCUCUGCAGAGCACUCUCUGCUCCCACAGCCUGCCCCGGCCGGUGCCUCAGGCUUCGCGCAGCUCUUUCAGUUGCGGGUAGAAACUCCCCCGCACUGUAGAUAUACUCUCUUUGUACAUCAUGCACUCACACAAUUACAAACACACACCAUGCAUUAACUACACAACAAUACAGUGUCCGGACGCUACACACAUGCACGAGUUCACUCGAACUCACCCCCAGGAUUGCUAGUGGCCGCUCUAUCGGACAGUGAACUCCCGCCUCUCAGUCGCUCUAUUGACCGGUCUGCCUGCAGGCACAGGCUGAGCACUCAGACCUCUCUGAGUGACUUAUUCAGCCUUCCUAUCUCCCGGGGGCCUUCUUAAUACAUACCGAAUCCUCCGCACGCCAGCAGGUCCUUGUCUGUCUCCGCAGAAGGCAAAGUGAGACAGCGGAGCUCCUCCGGGGAGAUUCCGGGGCGCGCCUAGGAGGUCCCUCUAUCCCUCCUGCCCUGCGGAGACAGAGACGGAAUCCCCUGCCUGCCUCACCAGAAUGUUUUGCGGAGAAAAUCAAAAACUCCACAACUUUGUAAAAGUUGUAAACUUGGUAUGUUUAUUGCAGGGCUGGACGUAUGCGGGGAUUACUCCCCUUAAAAGGCAUGCGUGCUUCUGGGAUCUUCAGGUCCCUUUUUAUCUUUCUCCCCAAAUACAUAUGCAUACAAUUUCACAAUAGGUUCAUACAUAUUCAUUUUACAGACUUUGCGUGACAUUUAGCGCUAGUUCUUUUGUUAUCAGAAAGAAUUCCUAGGUCAAGUUGACUUGUCUCCCCCCCCUUAUCUCUGUCUUUCACUGAAGCAAUUUCUCUGAGCUCAGAUUAAACAGCUAAGAUUCCAAGGCCUAACUAAAAGAUGUACAUUUAACCUAAAUCAAAAUGGAUUUCCACUCUGGAACCUGGAAAAUUUCAACUCUGUCUCAAAGGGGUGGUCAGCAAGACCCACACACCCUUCAACAGCCCCAUUUGGCCUGUGCGUAAAUCUGAAGGAGAAUGGAGAUUGACUGUGGACUACCGUGCAUUGAAUGAAGUGACUCCACCACUGAGCGCUGCCGUGCCAGACAUAUUAGAGCUCCAGUACAAGUUAGAGUCCAAGGCAGCAAAGUGAUAUGCCACUAUUGACAUCGCCAAUGCAUUUUUCUCCAUUCCUCUGGCAGCAGAAUGCAGGCCUCAGUUUGCUUUCACCUGGACGGGAGUGCAGUAUACCUGGAACCAAUUGCCCCAGGGGUGGAAGCACAGUCCCACUAUCUGCCAUGGACUGAUCCAGACUGCACUGGAAAAGGGUGAGGCUCCAGAACACCAACAGUAUAUUGAUGACAUCAUUGUGUGGGGGAACACAGCUGCAGAAGUGUUUGAGAAAGGACAGAAAAUCAUUUAAAUCCUCCUGGGAGCUGGUUUCACCAUUAAAAGGAGCAAAGUAAAAGGACCAGCUCGUGAGAUUCAGUUCCUAGGAGUGAAGUGGCAGGAUGGACGGCGUCAGAUUCCUACUGAUGUCAUUAACAAGAUCACAGCAAUGUUUCCACCAACCAAUAAGGAGACACAAGCUUUCCCAGGUGCCAUAGGCUUUUGGAGAAUGCACCUUCCUGAGUACAGUCAGAUCGUAAGCCCUCUUUACCUGGUCACCUGCAAGAAGAACAAUUUCCACUGGGGCCCUGAGCAACAACAAGCUUUCGCCCAGAUCAAGCAGGAAAUUGCCCAUGCAGUAGCCCUUGGUCCGGUCAGGACAGGACCAGAUGUGAAGAACAUGCUCUAUUCUGCAGCCGGGAACCAUGGCUUGUCCUGGAGCCUUUGGCAGAAGGUGCCUGGGGAGACUUGUGGUCGACCACCAGGAUUUUGGAGUCCAAGCUACAGAGGGUCCGAAGCCAACUAUACUCCAACCAAGAAAGAAAUCUUGGCUGCCUGUGAAGGAGUACAAGCUGCCUUAGAGGUGAUUGGCACGGAAGCACAACUCCUCCUGGCACCCCGACUGCCGGUGCUGGGGUGGAUGUUCAAAGGCAAGGUUCCUUCCACUCACCAUGCCACUGACACUACAUGGAGCAAGUGGAUUGCCCUUAUCACUCAGCAGGCCCGUAUAGGUAAACUGAAUCACCCGGGGAUUUUGGAGGUAAUUACAAAUUGGCCCGAAGGUGAGAAUUUCGGUGUCACAGAUGAAGAACCAGAACCAGUGACACGGGCUGAAGAGGCUCCUCCAUAUAACCAACUGCCACCAGAGGAAACACGCUACGCUCUUUUCACGGAUGGUUCCUGUCGCAUCGUAGGGAUGAACUGGAAGUGGAAAGCAGCCAUAUGGAGCCCCACAUGACAGGUCACUCAAGCCACCGAAGGAGAAGGUGGAUCGAGCCAACUCACUGAACUCAAAGCUGUUCAGCUGGCCCUGGACAUUGCUGAGAGAGAGAAAUGGCCAAAGCUCUACCUUUACACUGAUUCAUGGAUAGUAGCUAAUGCUCUGUGGGGAUGGCUGGAGAGGUAGAAAAAGGCCAAUUGGCAGCAUAGGGAAAAACCAAUGUGGGCUGCUGAUAAGUGGAAAGACAUUUCUACCAGGGUAGGGAAGCUACCUGCGAAGGUCGGCCAUGUAGAUGCCCAUGUCCCCGAGAGCAGAGCUAAUGAGGAGCACCAACACAAUGAGCAGGUAGACCAGGCUGCAAAGAUAGGGGUGUCAAAGAUAGACCUAGAUUGGCAACACAAGGGAGAGUUAUUCCUAGCUUGGUGGGCCCAUGAUGCCUCAGGUCAUCAGGGCAGGGAUGCCACCUAUAAGUGGGCACGAGACCAAGGGGUGGAUCUAACCAUGGACAGUAUUUCUCAGGUUAUCCAUGACUGUGAGACGUGUGCUGCCAUCAAGCAAGCCAAGCGAGUGAAGCCCCUGUGGUAUGGUGGGCGGUGGUCCAAGUACAAGUAUGGGGAGGCCUGGCAGAUUGACUACAUCACACUGCCCCAGACAAGCCAAGGCAAGCACUAUGUGCUGACCAUGGUAGAAGCCACCACUGGAUAGUUGGAAACCUACCGUGUGUCUCAUGCCACUGCCCGAAACACCACCCUAGGCCUUGAAAAGCAAGUCCUGUGGAGACAUGGAACCCCUGAGUGGAUUGAGUCAGACAAUGGGACUCAUUUCAAGAACAGCCUUGGGGGUUGUCUUUGCUCAGGGACCUGGUUGCACAUGGUGGAUAAUGCAAAGAGAUGGAACGACACGAUGUGUACCUCAGGGAGAUCGGAUUGUGAGGUGAGAAUGAUAUGCAAAUAUCAUUGUUUGCUAUGUUAUUGCCAUUGUCUGUACACUAAACCAUAUAGACAUGAGAUAGGAGGAAAUUGUUUGACGAUAUGGGAUAAGGGGUGGAAUGUCCUAGGUUGACUGUUAUCCCCAUUCGUGUGUGUAAUUUAUGCUGGAUAUUAUGUUCUGUGCCUUUAAGACUGGCAGAGUGAAAGUUUUGUUUUGGGCCUCUUAUCAGCCACUCAGCGGGACAUACAGAUAGCACCAGUACAUAGUGCUGCUUUUUUUGCUUUUUGCGCUGCGUUUUGCUUUUGCUCUUGCUUCUGCUUUGCUUCUGCUUUGCUUUUGCUUGCUCUUGCUCUUUUCCCUCUUCUCAUUAGUUAAUUUAGCUAAACAGUCCAAAUUCCUUCCUGGACUGUUUCACCUCUCCUGUUUGGACCUACUGACCUGCUCCGGACUGGGACUUGGGAAAUACCGAGAGAGAGUUUACACCUUGUGACUGCAGCAGCUGCCUAAGCGCGGGAGGGACUGAUAACAGCGACCACCCCCAGGAGAGACUUUCUGAAUUUGCCAUCUUUUUCAGAGCGGUGAAAGAGUGGUGUCAUCCGUCUCUUACAGAAAAGACUUUGGAACCACAGCGGGAAGGACGAUUCCAGGUGCUUACCACCUUCACCGCAAUCAUGAUCAAGGAGCAGAAUGCCUGGAUCCACCACUCUCGAGUGAAGAAGGCCCCAGAAGGCCCUUGGAGAGUGACACCAGGAGACAAUGAACUGAGACUAAAACUUACUCAGGCAAAAAGGUCCAGAAUUACAUGGUGCUAUCCAGACCCAUAGGACUGGACACACCUGCACAUCCCUUCCAACCUCGAGAUUAAAUCUGUAUUAAGUGGUGGGACAGUGAUCCUCUACAAGCCAAGUGGAGAGGACCAUUCCAGAUUCUGAUGGCCACCCUCACCACAGUCAAAGUUGCUGGCAGAGGACCCUGGAUUCACUACUCCAGAGUUAAGAAAGCUUCUGCUCCUGAAACAACUGUAAAAACAGACUGAUGCAGAUGAAAACGUUUUAACUGAUUCCUCUUCUGUGCCCAAAGAACUGUUCGCAAUAAUCAUUAUUCUUCUUUGCAUGAUACCCAACUGUGCAUUACUGUUGUUAGAUGUUUAUUAUUAUUUAUUAUUAAUAUUAUUAUAUAUUUAUCUAUUAUUACACAUUUACUGUUAGAUAUUUACUGUUAUUAGAUAUUUAUUCAGUAUUAGAUGUUUAUUUACUAUUAUUUAUCUGUUAUUAUAUGUUUAUUAUUACAUGUUUAUAUUGAUCAUUGGUUACUAUUGUUAGAUACUUAUCUUUUUUUAAAUACCUAUUAUUAGUAGAUAUUUAGAAUGGAGAUUUGGCAAGUUGAAGUCCUUGUCAAGCCUCUAAGGGGGGAAAUGAUGCCUCAGGUUUUAGCUUUUAUAUUUUUCAGCUUCUGUACUGCUUUAGUGUGUAGUUCUGAGCUUCAUAUUAGGGGAUAAUAAGCUCUCUCCACAGAAUAGGCAGACAAAACAAUUCCUUCUCUAGCUGGGGACUAAGAACAAAUGAUCCAAAUUUCAGGCCAAAGAGUGUAAACAAUGUGGACUGAAGAUAGAAAACCAAGAAGGAUCGGACUUCAUAAGCGAAAGCUAUAGUUGGACAAUUAACUCCAAUAUGCUAAUGGACCAGAACUUAUAAAAGUGUGAGACCCUGUGACCAGUCGUCCAUUUUGUGACCAAUUUGGGUUCAUUUUAGGUGCAGCCCUGACUGGGCUCUUGUACUGCCCAAGGUGUAUCCAUUGAGGCCUUCUAAUAAACACCUACUUUAUUCUUUAA